UUUUGCAAAGCACUACUUGUCCGUGUAAGGGUAGCGAGUCCUCGUCGUAUGACUACGUCAUUAUUAUCAUCUCUGAAAAAAUCGGUGAAUCCCCUCUCAUCCUCGUCUCCACAAGAAUUAUCCAAUCGAUAUUCUCUCUCGCAGCAGGUAAAUAUUUUUCCUCUCGAAUUAUCCAAUUAUAUUUUGAUCUCGAACUUCUUUUUUAUUAGACGAUAAUUGUGAUCCAUUCCUAAUAUCUACUUAAAGUGCUAUAAUGCCCCCUUUUAGCUGAAGUCCUGUUGUUGAUGUUGUUCCAUUAUUAUGUCGAACUAAAAUUUGGUAUCCAUCUCUGCCAAUUGCCAAAUUAAUGGUGUAUGUAUACGUUAGUAUUAUUUAUUUGGGUUUCCUUGAGAAUGGGCUGCAAGAAGGUUCGGGAACCAACAAAUUUGAGGUAACCGUUCAAUAUAUACUCAAUCACAAUUGUCUGGAAAUUUUAGCUGUCCCUUCAUUCAAGAUUGAAUUGAUGACUAAAAUCUGGGAUUCAUUUGAUGUUACUGAUUGCACCGUCGGGUAUGUUUUUGUUGGCUAAUACAUUUUCUCGCAAAAAAGAAAGAACCUGAAUGGUUAAUGGUGAUAGUUUUUCGAGUUAUUUCGAACUCCUUGUUUGAUAUGGGUCUCUUCUCUAAAAUCUUUGUCUGCAUGGGCUUCCUCACACUAGCUGGGCUGGACAUCGGAAUUGAGUGAAGAAUAACCAUCCUUUAGUACUACUUUAAAGAAGCCCAACAUAGGACAUUUGAUUACAGUUCUUGAAGUACUGAAAAAAAUGCUACCAGUAUCAAAAGCUGCAAACCUAUUGGAAGCCAAUCCACAUAUCAUUCCUCAUUCUUCCUCUGCACCUUGGUGGGAAAACAGUGCUGGCUACACAUCCAUGAUGAUGCAGGGAGAUGCUUGUGAUUCGUCAUCUUCUUCAUUGGAGCAAUCUGUGGAUGACCGAUCACAAUCUGAUGUUGGAUUAAAUUACGCAGGCAACAAUGCUACUGAAAAAACAGAAAAUAAUGCUCCUUCACAUCAAGAAGGAAUAUGUGAACAAGCAAAUCAGAGUAUUCGGCUAGUUGCAUCAAUUGUGCCAGGAGGAGGAGAUGAUGAGCACCUUACACAGCCAGUGCAACAGCUUGAACUUGUGGGGCAUUCAGUUGCUUGUGCUCCAAAUCCAUACGUUAACCCAUAUUUUGGUCAAAUCAUAGCUGCUUAUGGUCAACCAAUGGUACCUCCUGAUAUACUGGAUAUGCAUCACAUGAGGAUGCCGUUGCCACUUGAAAUGACACAAGAGCCUGUUUAUGUGAAUGCCAAGCAGUACCAUGGAAUCCUUCGUAGAAGAGAGUCUCGGGCCAAAGCGGAACUUCAGAAGAAGCUGAUCAAAGUUAGAAAGCCAUAUCUUCAUGAAUCUAGACAUCAACAUGCUCUUAGGAGGGCUAGGGGUUCAGGGGGUAGAUUUGUAAAGAAGUCUGAUUCAUCUGAUGUGUCAAAUCAAAAGGGUUCUGGUGCACCUCUACCCCCCUGCUCCUUUUCUCCAUCAUCAGGUCAAGAAGCACCCAAGCUUCAGUUCAACACAAAUGGUGGCUAUGGAAGGACUCUAAGUUGCUCUCGGGAAUCAAAUUACCACAGUGUGCGUUCCACCGAGUCUUCGGGUGGGAGUCCGGCACUUUGACAUAGCUUUGGAAGUGUAGAUGGCGGCAAAUCAUUCCUGGCUUCUCACAAUUUUAUCUUUUCUUAUGAUCAAAGUAAUUGGAGUGUGUGUGUAGGACUAUGAUGAAAGUUUGUUUGUUUAGUUUAGUAGGUGGGAUACAUACAUAUAUUAUGUAUAAAAACCCAUGUAAUAGAAUGAUAUGAUUUAGGAGGCCUAUGGGAGUAUAUAGAGAUUGUGUAUGUGAUGCACUCUUUUUGUACUUAAAUGGUUAUUGUGUUUUCGUUUAAGGGUUUGUGGAAAAGGAUCAAAUACUUUUUUAGUUUAGCCAGAUAUGAUUUUAAGAAUCAAAUUGAACACUA